CAAUACGCGCAAAACAGAGCUUCUUCAAAUACCCCAUUCAACAAUCAACCUUCCACCCAACAAACAAACAAACACAUUCAUUCAUUCAUUCACAAACUCCAUGGAUUUCGGUGUCUACAACGUUUCAAUGGACGACAAAACAACCACACAAAAUCCCUCUUUCCGAUUCCUCAUAGUCAUCGACUUCCUCCGUUUUCAGAAACUUGCCUCUUGGCUCUACGCCUUCGCCACCACAAAACAAAAACCGAGUAGUUUUCCGGCCACUUCAAAAACAGAGGAACACGGCGGCGAGGAGAGGCUGAUGACUACUGAGGAGAUGAAAUGGGUUAUGGGGAAUUUAGGGAUUGAUUGCGGCGAAGAGUCGGUUCCUCUGUUUGGGUCAACGGAAGAAGUGGCGGAGAUGUUCGAUGAAAGGGCGGCGAGUACGGUGGAGGUGAAGAAAGCUUUUGAUGUGUUUGAUGUGAACGGCGAUGGUUUCAUCGACAGUGAAGAAUUACAGAGAGUGAUGUGCGUUUUGGGGUUCAAAGAAGGAGAAAGGAUCCAGAAUUGCGAGAGGAUGAUUCGUAAGUUCGAUCAUAACGGAGAUGGAAGAAUUGAUUUUGAAGAAUUUCUUAAAUUGAUGGAAUCAGUAGUUUGAUGGUAACUGGAAUUAUUGAUUAUUCUUUCUUUCUUUCUUUUUUCAAUUUAUAUAAAUAUUUUGUAGUGGAAGGAGAUUCUUGAAUUGAUGUUGUAGUGUGGUCGAAAAUGAAGCCUUUUGCCCCUUUGUGGUGUUUCUUGUUUUUGGGGGGUAAAUGGAAUUGAAAUUUUGGCCCAUCCUAUUUCUCUAUGUAAUUUUCAUACAUAAAAAUUAAAAUACAAUACAUAUGUAUGUAUUUAUAUCUUUACUUUA